GAACAGAGUGCUUGUGUAACGGAUAACCUCCUCGCAAACCAACUUUUUUUCCUGAAAGAAGCAAACCUAACCUCCCGAAUAUCAUAGGUAUUGAUACACGAACAGAAACAAAAGAGGCAAAAUGAUGUCGUCGCGUCUUUUUCAAAAAGAGAAGCUCUUUGUCGGUCCUCACCGAGCUGGCGUUGGUACGCUUGGUCGCGGUUGCGUGAUCUUCUUGCUUGCCAACAUGAUCAGUGGAGGGGAAGCCAGUUACGUCGCCUUGGCAGGCCAAGAGCCUACGGAGGGGUUUGUAGCCGGGACUAUAAAGAAAAUCCUUAAAAGCAAGAAGGGUGGGAACACGAGCAAGACAUUUGUGUAUUUGGAUGUCGGGAUGAAUCUUGAGCCUGAGGGCGUUGCAAGUGCAGGAACAGCUGGAAGCGCAGGAUCUGGAAGCUCUGCGCCACCACGUGGACCCUUGGACGAAGAAAAGUCUAUGCAGAUUCUCGAAAUAUUGGUACCGGCAUUGCAAUCGCAAACCGGACCGGACUCGCGCUCGCAACCGAAGUGGAGCGACGUAGUUUUUCUUGUCGGAGGCGACCACCCAAUUCCCGCCAGGGAAUAUAUACCUAUAUCUGAUGCACCUGCGCCGAAGCCGAAGCCGCAAGCUUUUAGUGUCCACUGCAGUAACGGCGCCGGAGAUGAUGCUCAUGAUACGUCUGCUGAUCCUGUCGAACAUAUUAUGGGGCCUCCAGCGUUAGCGUUUUUGCGGGAGUUCGGCGGGCGUCGCAAGCAAGGAUUUCUCGGGUUCGGCUCUGAGGAGCAGCCAUCACUAUCUCCGGCUAAAAUGAAGCACAUUGCAGCUAGCGUAAGCGAUGUCAUCGUGGACGUCUUUUACAGCUCGAACGGUGACAAUGCUCGCGUGCAUGUCCAUGUCUUGCGUCAGGAGGAUCCUCAAAUGCCGGGGAGAUAUGCCACUACAGCACGUCACGAAUUUGAGGUGCAGCAAGAUUUAGAAACUUCCGUUCAGCAUGAGGUAGCGCCGCACCUACAGAUGAUGAUAUUGAACGCGCGAAACGCGAUGAUAUUGGACGCGCAAAAGAAGUGGAAAAAUUUCCUGGGGCACUUAGUGGAUGAAGUAUUGGGUUGUUAGAGAUUUAAUUUAUGAGAAGAUUAUGUAUAUUAUCGAGAUGAACCUAACCUUUGGACGAUGUUUGUUUUUGGCGUUUUGGACGAUGUUUCCUUUUGGCGUUUCGGACUAUGGCGGGUGCCAGGAGGCUGGCGAAUGUGCUACUACUUAUUCUAUUACUAAUUUAGAAUGUAUUAAGAUCGGGCAUCGUCGAUCUCGAUUGGUGCGUUUAUUGUUCAGGUCGUUGACGAUGUCGAGACUCGUAAUGGCAAAGACGAGUCAAUGCAUCGCAUUGGCCUUGUGCCAUAGUACACAAGUGCCACCAACAAAGCUACUUCAAGUUGAGACAUGCCAUAGAGAGUAGAAAAAAUAGGAAGGACAGUGGAGUCAUGUCAUCUUUCGUAUUCUUCAAUGAAAAGAGAAGGCAUGAGGCGAAAUGCAAAGCAGAAGAAAAGGUCGAAGAGCUCAAAUAUUAAUUUAUCUAAAUCUUAACUCCAAACUUAACGUUAACCCGUGAAUUCUGGGUAACCGCAUGGAAAAAAAAGGAAGGAUACCAAUAUCAGAGGCAGAGGUGCACCGCGACACAAUUGCUCCCUUGUUAUCGGCGCGCUCAAUUGAUGUCAC